AUGGAGACAGCAGCAGCUGAGGGAGAUCAGACAGCUGAAGAAGAAGAAACAGGAGACAGUGGUCUCGGGCUGAAGAUGAUGAUGGAGCAUCCAGCAGCAGCGGGAGACGGAGCGGGGUGUGUCAGCCUGCAGGAUAUCCUGACAGGACGAGCAGAUGGAGGUCAGGGGACAAAGACCAGCUCCAACAUGAUCCGAGUCUUCAUCAGCUCCACGUUCACAGAUAUGAGCAGCGAGAGGAAGGCCUUGCUGGAGAAAGCUUACCCAGAAGUCCUCUCAUUCUGUCGUAGCCUGGGGUUGGUAUUUGAGGUGGUGGAUCUGCGUUGGGGAAUUCGAAACGUCCCGUCCGGAGACCACGAGUCCUGUGAGAUCUUCCUGUGGGAGAUUGAAAGGUGUAAGAAGAUUUCAGCUGGUCCAGCGUUCGUUGCUCUGCUGGGGAACCGGUAUGGCCACCGAGCUCUUCCGCGCCUUGUCCCGGAGAAACAGUUUGAGGUUCUUUUGUCUAAACUGUCCAAAAACCCUGAAGGCACCAAUCAGCUGAAUCAGUGGUUCUUAAAAGAUGACAACGCUGACCCACCAACCUACAUCCUUCAGCCAGUCACAGCUCACUUCCCCCACUAUGGCGACCUUCAACCUGAGAAUCGGCCUCAGCAUGACAACAAUGUCUCGCUCUGGCGUUCAACAGAGACUCAACUGCUGCAGCUCCUACGAUCUGCUGCCACUGAUGCCGAGGCUGCAGGGGACAUCACUGCCAAGCAGAAACAGCUCUUCUACACAUCAGACACAGAGCGGGAGUUUGAGCAGGGCUUGUGGAAGGACGAUGCUGAACAGUCUGCUCUGAUCUUUGUCCGAGAGACUCCCCGACAGAAGGUGAAGGAUGGUCCCAAACGUUUUGCCAAGUACAUGGAUGUGGCCACCAAUGGGCUGCUGGAUGCAGAAGCUCAGGGACUCCUCGCCGGCCUCAAGUCUCGGCUCUAUGCCACAUCACAGAAGAUCCUCAACCUGCACAGUGUGGAGCUCACCAAAGGGAGCAUUGACCCCAAACGCAAGGAGCACGCUCAGUACCUGGACGGCAUCUGUGAGCAGUUUGUAUCACAGAUGAAGUCCCGGAUCGAAGCGGUGGUUGAUUCUCCAGCAGGAGGGGGGCAGAGGAAGAUCUGGGGAGGCAUUGAGGAAGAAAAGGGGGAAAUGUCAAAGCGGAUGGUUGAAGAGGUUGGAUGGCACAUCGCCAUGAGUGAGGAGCUGUGCAGAGGCCUCCAUGGUAGAGAGGGGCUUCUGGGUAAGCUCUGUCUUGCCAUGUGGGAGUCCACCAACAUCAAUCACAAGCCGCUGGUGGUCCAUGGGGCUGCUGGGAUCGGUAAGACAGCCGUGCUGUGCAAAUUGGCGCAGGAGAUGCGAGGCGUCCUAGAUACCGGAUCAGUAGUAGCGAUCAGGCUGCUGUCAGCUCGACAUCCUCAGAGACUGGACGUUGACUAUGUCCUGUAUAGCAUCUGCCUUCAGAUCUGCCUGGCGUGCGGUUUGUCUCCACCCUCCCCACUCACAGCCAACACUCACCUGGAGCUGCUCAGGUUCUUCAGAAACAUCCUUGCUGAGGUGUCCCAGCAGGGCAACACUCUGCUCAUCAUCCUGGAUGCUCUGGAUCAGCUCUCAGACCAGCAUCAUGCCCACAAACUCCGCUGGCUGCCUGCCGACGUUCCGCCCAACAUCCACCUGGUGGUCUCUAUGGAUACUAACAGCGAGGCGUUUGCUAACAUACGGCUGAAGUUGGAGACCUUGGAGAGUUUCUUUGAGGUGGAGCGUUUGUCUCGUGAGGAAGGGAAACAUAUCAUGGAGUCAAGCCUGCGAGUGUCACAGCGAAUGUUGACCCCUGAGCAGAGCAACACCGUGCUGCAGAGCUUUGAGGCGACUGGCUGUCCUCUCCAUCUCAGACUGAUCCUAUCGGCAGCCAAACGCUGGACCUCCUUCACCCCACCCACAGAGAUACACCUGGGUGCCAGUACACAAGAAGUGAUGUCACAGCUCUUCCUGAUGCUGGAGGAGAAACAUGGGAAGGAGCUGGUGGGAUCAGCCUUGUCGUACAUCGCUUUGGCAAGGGAGGGUCUGCUGGAGGCUGAGCUGCGUGACGUCCUGUCCCUGGAUGAUGAUGUCAUCAGAGAGGUGUAUAAAUUCUCACUACCUCCAACGCCGUCAUUGAUCCGGCUGCCCCCCCUCCUCUGGGCUCGGCUCAGAUGGGACAUGAAGGACCAGCUGGAGGAGCGCUGGGUGGGCGGGAUCGCUGCCAUCACCUUCAGCAGCCGGCAUCUGGUUGAGGCGGUUUCAACACGCUAUCUGACCACAGCACGACGGGGGCGGAGCCUCAAGAUACUGGCUGAGUACUUCAUGGGUCGUUGGUCGGGGAAACUGAAGCCAGUGGCUCUGCCGAGUCUCUCGCUGCUCCUCUCCGACAGAAAGGUCCCUCCCCAGCCACUCUGGUUUGCUCCAGGACUGGCUAAUAUCAGGAAGCUGCAGGAGCUGCCCUAUCACCUGCUGCAUGCCGGUCUGUGGGAGGAACUGCGACAGGAGAUUAUUGGGAGUGCUGAGUGGCUGUACUGUAAGAGCAGGGUGUGUGGGGUGUCCAGUGUGAUCCAUGACCUGGACCAGUGCUCCCAGUAUAUGGAUUGCACUGAGACCACAUUGAUCCGAGAUGCUCUGGUCCUGAUCAAACCCAGUCUGGACUUCCUGCAUGGUCACAUGGACAUGUCUCUGUUCUACACUGAGCUGUUAGCCAGACUGUCCUCACUGGCCACGGCCUUCCCCUCUGUGAUUGGCCAGCUCUGUAGCCAAUGCAGCGAGUGGUUACUGACGUGUCCGGAGCCGAUCCUCAUCCCAAAGUGCAGUUUCCUGCAGCAGCCUGGAGGGGCGCUGCAGCACACGCUGAGUGGACUGCAGGGAGGUGUUCUCUGUAUGGACAUCAGCGUGGAGGCGGGGCUUCUGGUUGCAGGUUCAGAUGAUGGUGGGGUGGCAGUGUGGAGCCUCAGGGACCAGCAGCUCAUACACACUCUGCUGGGACACACAGCUGCAGUCCUGUCUGUUAAGGUGACUGACAGCUCCUCUCACUGCCUCUCACUCGCCACUGAUGGCUCUCUGAGGAGGUGGAGUCUUAUGAGCGGCCAACAGCUGCUAUGCAUCCAGGAGGCCGUAUCUUUGGACUCCGCCCUUUCAUCAGUACACCUCCACCUGUGUGAACACAGGCAGCUGCUGUGUGUUUACACCAGGACACAGGUGAAGAUGUGGAAUUUGGACGGGGCUGCACUCGUCAACAGCAGCACCACUGGUGAAGGCUCACUGGUUCUGGGAGUUCUGGAUCAGUCUGUGGUUUCUCUGUCACAGUUUGGUCUGGUCAGAAUAUCUGAUCCCAUCAAUGGAACUCCGACUGUGGAGACUCAGCUAGAAAACUCACACAGGUGUUUGACUGGCGUUAGAUCUGUGGCCUUACCAAAACGAGGAAAGGUGAUCGUGGCCUCUAAAGAAGGCUUCCUCUAUCAGAUCUGCAGAACAGGCAAACAGACCGCUGUCGAGUUUCCUCAGGCUCCGUCGUUACUGUCAGUUAACGUCGAUGAAAAGAUUCUGUUAGCAGGAAGCGAGCUCACUCUGAGCCUCUUCAACAUCGACACAGACUCUCUGGACAGAUUCCUCGACCUCCAUCACGAUGACGAUGUUCUGUCCGCUUGCAUCUCCUCAGACUGCAGAGUGCUCGCCUCUGGGACCGCCGACCACCUCAUACAAAUCUGGUCGGUGACCACAGGUGCACUGUUGGACACACUGUGUAAUUCAGACGCUCCUGUUACAUCCGUUGUUCUGUACCAAAGCGUCCUGGUUUCGGCCUCGACAGCUGCUGCCUCCAUCCGUCUGUGGAAUCUGAAAUACGACAUCCAACACAAGCCCACUGCCCACAUCCCAUCAGGCUGCGCCCACGUUGCCAUCACCAAGGAUGGAGAUCGGGUCUUCUACGUCCAGCGGCCGAGCCAGACAGGAGUGAUCAGCUGGAACAACCUCACAGGUUCUCUCUCAGAGCAUCUGGCAGUCUCUGCAGAGGUUUGCUGUCUGGAGUUAGCUCAGCACAAACGUUUGCUCCUCUGUGGUCUGAUCUCUGGCACCGUGCUCAUCUACCCACUAGCUAUGACCCAAGAGACGCUCUGCAUCCCCCCUCCAGAGAGCCUGUCCAGGGUGCUGUGCCUGGCCGUCACCUCCAAGGAGAGGCAUGUGGCUGUGGCCUACGAGGACUCUGUGCGUCUGUUCGAGAUCACCAACAGAGACAACUUUCCCACGGUGGAGGGGCCCCUGCAGAGUUUCCCCCUGUCCCUCCUCCACGGCCAAAUCUCCUCCAUGGCGCUGCUGUGUGACCGCAGGCUGCUGUAUGGGACCAGCUGCGGGGAGGUGAAGCUUUACGACUUCAGCAGCGACAGCAGCUCCGAUCUGGAGUCUCAUCGCAGCAGAGUGACCUGUGUGACGGCCAGUAACUGUGGGAGCCACGCCCUGGUGGGCUCAGAGGACGCCGUGCAGAGGCUGUGGGCCCUGAGCCCACUGGCCCUGGACCACACCAUGGAGUAUAAGGGCUUUUUCUUCGAAGGUGUCCUCUCUGCUGCUUUCUCCGACACCGGCCAGUUCGUCUUUACCGGAUCUCAGGACAGAACCGUAAAAGUCUGGGAUGUGGCUACAGGAAACCUUCUGUAUGUUCAGUACGUCUACUCCCCCGUCAUCAGGAUGCUGACCUUCAAGAACGGCUUUGUGGCGCUGUCUCAGCAGGGCUACAUCAUCAAAGAGGUGUUUCGCUGUCCAGACCACAUCAGUCCGGACUACAACCCUCUGAGGAAUGUCAAGGCCCAGUACCGGGUCACUUCCAGGGAGAAGAGCCAGGGUGGCCAGCAGAGCCCCGUGUCCGACCUACAGGACUUCAACCCGGCCCAGAUCAACCUGAACCUCAUGAGCAUGCUCAGAGCCAAACCCUCCUCCACCUGUGUCAUACUGUAGGACACCGGGCCUGUUGAAAAAGACAGAAGUAGUUUUAUUGUUAAGAAGUUCACUGGUCAGUACAAAUUACAGUGGAAAUAUAGAGUGAACAUGCUGUAAAAGUACUGCAAAUGUUUAGCUUCCAUUAAUGUAACAGCUACAGUCCAGACCGAGUAUUUGAGACAGUUACGUUUUAUUCUGCAGCACAUUCAAUAUGAAAUACAAUAAUGGAAAGUGCAUUAAAAUGCCAAGUCUGAGCUUUGAGCAGGUUUACCUGAACUGGGUGUGAGAUGUGUGAGAUGCAGUAACACCCGGUGAAGUCUGUGACCCAGAAAAAUGUGUAACUGCCCGAGUACGAAGCGUCUGGACUGUGUUUACAAUAUGACUUGUGUAUUCAAACAUUGUUUAGGUUCCUGGAUUACUCAGAUUUAUCAAAAUACAGUGGGAUGCUUUCUUCUGCUUCAUAAAUGUCGCUGCUUAUGUAGGUUAUGAGCAAAGAUGGGGUGCGAGCAACAACACAGACACUGUUAAGCCCCAUCAUUCAGAUGGACAGCGGGCUAUAUUAUGAGAUUAUUGUAACUGCAGAUGUGAGUACAGCUGCUGUCCCCUGUGAAGACAAGAUUCAAAUGGCAGAGUGCUUCUUCCUCAGUCUCUCUCCUUCAGAGGGAUAUCCCUUUGCAUUUAGUUAAACCUGUUUUUCGGUAAUUACAGCUGGGCACAGUCUCUUCCAUCUGAUUUUGCUGCCUAACCUUUACAGUUUCAGUUUGAUUCACUGUCAGGUCACUAAAAAGUGUCCAAUAACAAAACGUUCAAAUCCCAAGUCUCCUUCACUUUUCACCCUGUACUUAGAGUUGGGACUGGACUCUUUUUGCUUCUCAGGAAACAAAUCAUACAAGUUGCUGUCCUUUGCCCUGUUGUUGGGAAUGAAUACAGCCUGCAGAUAUGACUCAGGGCUGGAAAAAAAAGUCCCUUAGCUCAUCUGAAUUUUUUUGGUAAAAUAAAAAAUGCAUCAAUCAAAAAUAGUGUCAAUGAAUGAAACAUUAUUUAUAGAGUUUAAUGAAUAGAUCAACUAAACCACAGG